CGAAACUACGAACAUCGACUUGCUUCACCGCUCUCGAACUCGACGGUACUCUCUACUCGUGGUUUCGUCUUUUUCGAAUAUUUUGAUCGUUUCUUUUUACGCAUCAACUUGUUUGCUGUUUAAGUUAUUCGUUCGUUUUAGGGUUUUAAUCUUUUGUUGUUCGUGCUAUUGCACGCCGUUCUUUAAAACUUUGACCAUAGGUCAUACCUCCUACUUAGACCGUGGCUUCGUGCUAUUGCACGCCGUUCUUUAAAAAUUUGACCAUAGGUCAUUCACACAUUCCGCUGACUAAUUGUUAGUGUGUUUGAGAUUAUAUUGUAUCUGUCUCUACUUGAGCUUUUUAACUUUUGAAGGCGUUUUUUUAUAGUUCAAAAACAUGAUGAACAUCGAGGAAGAAAUCGUCCUCCCUGUUCAUUUGUUGGACCAUGAUUAUUUUAGGCCAGUAGCCUAUGAGGACAAUCCAAAUGAUGAAUUCACGGAUGAUGAAGAAAGAGAAAACCAUCAAAAAAGUCGUAUUUAUGAAUUUUAUCCUUGUACAGCUUCAGUGAGUGCAGAACUCAUUGACAAUAGGAUAAGAAUUCGACAACGACACAACCAUGAACCUGCUGAUAUAAAUUUGCAUGUUCCUUUUUUGAGAAAAACGACCGGUGCAAGGGCCAUUGAUCCUGAAAACAUGUUUGUUUCAGUUGGGACUGUUUGCAACAAUGCAAUUGUUCAGAAAAUUAACUUACAUUGAAAACCAGUUUUCAGUUGAGUUCAAUCAAAUUUGAAAUAAUCUCAGGAUUAGAGAUGGAAUAUCAAGAUCCAAACGAGUUAUUGCCACCCAUAUAAUUGCACAAAAUGUCCAGCGCCUUAAUGAAGACCAUGACCUCUUGAUGUUUUUGUGCAGCACCGGUCACCGUAUUGAUGGAUAUGUUCAAAGGGAUCAUAUGCGCAGCCUUGAAGAGAGCCGUUUUUUGUUUUUAAGAUUUUUUUUUUAUAUACUUUAGGUUUUCUUAUAUAAAAUGUUGUUUAUUUUUAAUUGUUCAUUGUACCUAUUUUAUUGUAUUGUGUUUAUCAAAUUAAAUAAAUAAAAGGUUAAAAGUUGAAUUAAAUAUUAA